AUGGAGUUAUCCGGCUCGGCAUACAAUUCCAACCAUUGGCAUGCCGGAGGUUUUGUGGUCGGAAUUGACAUGGGACCAACGUGCUGUAUAGCUUCGUACAGCUUUCAUAAGGAUGGAACUACGAGUAGCCGGGUUGCCCCUUCAGUCAUUUGUAAAUGGCCUGGCCCUCUUCAUUACUGCAUGGAGGAUAUAAAAAUGCUGUCUAUGAUAUCGUACGAUGCUAACAAAGGCAUUUAUCGGGAGCUUGAUAUUGAUGACAAGCAACACGUUGUCUCAUGGUUUGAGUUGCUGCUAGUGGACGAUAACGACCUACAGCCAUCUUUUCGGGAUUUGGAUUACAUCCAAGAAUCAAGACGUAUCAUCAGUGUCCUGAGCAAGAACCCUGUCCAAAUUGUUGGAGACUUCCUAGGAAAGAUCUUCGAACAUAUCGUCACUUGUAUAAGCCAGGAAAGGGGCGAGGACUUUGUGAAUGGCAAGCCUUUCCAUGUCGUUAUUACGGUACCGGAAAUUUUAGGAGGGGCCAAACUACUGGAUAGAAUGAAAGAGGCAAUAGGGUUAUCUGGAAUCCUAAUUUCUCGUCCCAACCAGGUCCUAAAAAUUACCUACAAGUUUAUUACGGAGCCAGAGGCGACUAUUCUAGCUUUAGCCCCCGAGUUGAACAGAGGUGACAUAUUCACCCCCAAAGAUUUGUUCAUCGUUGUAAACCUCGGGGGAGGAUCUAUUGAUUGCAUAAGUUAUAUGGUAGAUGAGACUCAACGUUUCGAGCUCCAAGAGGUUGUCGAAGGCGAUGGCGCUAUUGGUGGGGCAGUACUCCUUUACCAAUCAUUUUGCAUGGCAAUCAAGAAAAAGAUCAUGGACGAAGAGCGAUUCGCCACUGACUCGGAUAUGGCACUCUCUAUCGACUUGGGCUUACGAAAUGGUCGACAUGUCAUAUUGAACUUCACACGCAAUGAGAUCUGCAGCAUCUUCAAAAUCGUGAUGCCUACCAUCGAGGCCUUGAUUGAACACCAAAUCAAUGCCAUUCUAGAGAAGAAUUUACGAUAUCCAAAGAUCCCCAGGAUACGCACAUCAAAACUCGUCCUUCUUCCCAGUUUACCGAAUCGGUAUCUACGAACUGUCGACCUUUAUGGUUCUCUACUCUCGGAUAUCAGAUCGCCUCCGCCUCUCAUUACCGGCAUGAGCGGACGGCUGAUAGCAGCGGUCGGGCGUCUCCCGGCGACACGCCCGGCCAUGGUUCGAGCCAUACGCCAAUAUCAUCACCUACCUUCAGGUGGUAUCCUCCGAGCCGAUGCUGCCGUACGUGCAACGCGGCGGCGGAUGUGGCCUCCGGUAAAUUCAUUCCAUAACGCCGUCAUCGUUCGCAAUGCGUCCUUUGCGCGAUUCUUACCUCGACUGGUGGUUAAGUUUGUAAGGAUUCCUGCUAUGGCAGGUGGAGUGAUGAUAGGUGGUCUGGCCUGGAUUCAGUACCAAGCCACACAGGCCGGGAACUAUGCCUGGGACGUAAUUUAUACGACGAAAGACACAGUUACGAAUACAGCGAUGGGCUUUCUGGAUGGCGCGAGGGAUAUUGCUGACCAGACGAAGCGAGGGUGGCAAAAUACGAAAGAUCAAGUCGAGCUGCCGGAGUGGAUGCAGAAGAUUCUCAGAUCACAGGAAGAGAUAGGCACUGGGAAACAAGGUGGUGGACCGGGUGGCGAGGAGCCUCCGAAGCAGAGCAAGACGGGUGCCGCAGUUGCGGCAGGUGCAAGCGCCGCCGCGUACGGCUACGAGAAAUCAUCUGACGAUGACCGUAGUGCAGAUGAAAUGGCCAAAGAUGACCAAAUGAUGGUGCUCACAAAGAAGAUGAUCGAAAUCCGAAACAUUCUCUCUAGAGUUGGACAAUCUAGUACGCUCACUCUACCCUCCAUUGUCGUCAUUGGAUCGCAGUCAUCCGGGAAGAGCUCUGUGUUAGAAGCUAUCGUGGGGCACGAAUUCCUACCAAAAGGAACAAAUAUGGUCACACGGAGGCCAAUCGAGCUUACCCUAAUCAACACCCCCGACUCGACUGCUGAAUACGGUGAAUUUCCGGAUCUAGGCCUUGGAAAGAUCUCCGACUUCUCCUCUAUCCAGCGAACUCUAACGGAAUUAAACCAGGCUGUUCCAGACAGCCAAUGCGUGUCAGACGACCCAAUUCGGCUUUCCAUUUCGUCACCAAAUAUUCCGGAUCUAUCACUUAUCGACCUUCCUGGCUAUAUCCAAGUUGUGGGACAAAACCAGCCCCUCGAACUUAAGCAGAGGAUAUCAGAACUUUGCGACAAAUAUAUACAACCACCUAACGUUAUCUUGGCUAUUUCAGCUGCCGAUGUUGAUUUAGCUAACUCGACGGCCCUCCGAGCUAGUAGGCGGGUCGAUCCCCGGGGUGAGCGGACAAUAGGUGUUAUUACGAAGAUGGAUCUUAUCGAUCCAUCUCGGGGAGCUUCUAUUCUAGGUGAUACGCAGUACCCGCUUCGCCUCGGCUACAUUGGAGUCAUCUCUCGUGUCCCGUCAAUGUCCGGGUUAUUCAAGAAGGGCAACACAAAUUUAACAUCUACUAUUACUCGAAACGAAAAUACAUUUUUCUCCGCUCACCCAACGGAAUUUGGUCCUGGCUCAGAUCUCCAGGUUGGGACUUCAACGCUACGUAAGAAGCUUAUGCACGUCCUAGAGCAGACUAUGUCGGCUAGUCUACAGUCGACAAGUGAUUCUAUACGGCAAGAGCUAGAAGAAGCGACUUAUGAGUUUAAGGUCCAGUACAAUGAUAGACCAUUAUCUGCCGAGUCAUAUUUGGCCGAGAGUCUCGAUGCUUUCAAACACUCUUUUAAGCAAUUUACCGAAGAAUUUGGUCGUCCUGAAAUGAAUACCCUCCUAAAGAACGAGCUUGAUCAACGAAUGCUUGACUUAUUAGCUGCGAGAUAUUGGAACAAGCCUAUUUACGACUUAAGUGCCCCCAUCGCCGAGCCUAAUAACCUUGCCGAUCUUCCCAAAGCAGAUCCCAACUCCCUUUACUGGCGAAGACAACUUGACGCUUCCACCUCCGCACUUACGAAACUUGGUGUUGGUAGACUAGCCACCAACGUGGUAGCAAACUCGAUCCAAUCUCACAUCGACGCUCUAAUCAGCCAAUCUACUUUCGUAAACCAUCCAUAUGCACGGCAGGCUAUCACAGAAGCCGCUUCAAGUAUUUUAAAUGACCGGUUUUACAGUACCAGCGAUCAGGUAGAAAAUUGUAUCAAGCCUUUCAAGUUCGAGAUCGACAUGGAAGAACGAGAGUGGACUACAGGUAGGGAGCACGUUCAAGGUGUAUUGAAGAAGGAAUUGUCUGCAUGUGAAGGUGCCAUGAAAGAUCUUGAGACAGUAGUUGGCGGGCGGAGAAAACUGAGAGAAGUUGUCAACUUUGUCGACAAGGCUAGGAAAGGCGAUGUGGUCGUCGAGGGCGACAGCCGCAGUGGUGCAGGAGGUUUUAGCGCUGAGCUACUUGCAAAAGGUCGAGAAGCCGUUUUCUUACGUGAUCGCGCCGAUAUUAUCAAGAUGCGGAUGCUUGCAGUGAAGUCAAAACAAUGCGCUAAUAUGAAGAAUAAAUAUCACUGCCCUGAGGUCUUUCUGGAUGCAGUGGCUUCGAAACUUGCAUCGACAGCCGUACUUUUCCUUAACGUGGAACUACUCUCUGAAUUCUACUACAACUUUCCACGAGAGCUAGACUUACGACUUGGACGUCACCUAUCCGACGAGGAAGUGGAAAGGUUUGCCAAGGAAGACCCCAAAAUCAAGAAGCAUCUAGAAGUUAUUAGACGUAAGGAGCUUCUCGAGCUAGUACUAGAGAAGAUGGAUAGCCUAAGGCAGCUCGAAGGUAUAGAAAGAGAGCGUUCAAGGACAAAUGUAAAGAAAGGCGGCGAGAAAGAACGUGGACGAUGGGGGUUGUUCUAA